GGCGGCAAGCGGCGUUCACACGUUCCCGUCAUCCACUUCGGUACUACCCGGCUCGCAGUCGAGCGUCGUACGCUGCGCGGUUCGGUUACGACAUUUGCUUGCCUCCGAUUCUCUGUCCGAUCCCUGCUGUGCCCGGCUUAUACACGUAUCCGAUGUGCACGGAUCUACGUUUGACUGGGUGCACGCGUCUUUCUACGAAAGUGUGUCAGUACGAGAUGGAACAAGCGAGCUAGAGAGGGGAAGAGAGAGAGAGAGAGAGAGAGAGAGAGAGAGAGAGAGAGAGAGAGAGAGAGAGAGAGAGAGAGAGAGAGAGAGAGAGCGAGAGAGAGAGGGGGAUAGAGGAGGAGUACGCGACAAGAAACGCGAGUGCUUUUUCGCCGCAGUGCCAAGACGGAUUAAGGACGGAGGCGCGAGAGUCAGAGUGAGGGAAUCGUGACCUCCGAUGGAUCCUCCGAGGAACGAAGCUACUCUACGGCGUGCGAAGAUUUAACGACGCUCGAAAAAUUACGCGAGGAAAAGUGUCGUGAAUGUGUUGAUACGUACGACGGACUACUUGAACGCGCGAGAGUCCGUGCAAAGUUUACAACGUUUCCGUCUAUUUCCGCGUUUAUUAAGCAAUGUAUUCGGAGAAGUGUAUUUGGUUCGCGGUAAUGUAAUCGCGAUGAAUCGCCCCGUGCCGUGAACGGUGUAUGAAACGAAAGAGGAGAGAGAGGAGACUAAGAAAGCUGGAGCCUCUUCCGAAUCACGAGGAUGCGUUCGAGCCUACGAAAUGGUGAAAUGAUCGUGUACACGGUGUAUCGUGGACGCUGCAGUGAUUUCUAAGAAGCAACUGUCCAAGACAAGGAUGUACCCCGCCCCGGCGAGACAUCCCGCCGCUCCCGGUGGCGGCGGUAGCGGCGGGGCUGCUGGCGGGCUGAAAUUCACGGUUGCGGACACUUGCGAGAGGAUCAAAGAGGAAUUCAAUUUCAUCCAGCAGCAGUACCACUCACUGAAGCUUGAGUGCGAGAAGUUAGCCAGCGAGAAGACCGAGAUGCAAAGGCACUACGUUAUGGUAAGGCACUUUUAUUACGAGAUGUCAUACGGCCUCAACGUUGAAAUGCACAAACAGACGGAAAUCGCCAAGAGACUGAACGCGAUAAUCGGGCAAGUGCUUCCGUUCCUGGCGCAAGAGCAUCAGCAGCAGGUGGCCAGCGCUGUGGAGAGGGCGAAGCAAGUCACCAUGUCUGAACUGAACGCCAUUAUCGGGCAGCAACAGCAGCAAGGUCUUCAGCAGCUAUUGCAACAGAUCCAUGCGCAGCAACUGCCCCACGGUGCGGUGGUCGGCGGUCUUCCACCGGGUGGUCUGCUGGGCUUCGCAGGUGCGGCCGCGGCGGCCGCAGCCGCGGGUGUGCCGCCGCACUUGGCGCCGCCGCCGCAUCCCGCGACCGCGGCUGCGGUCCAGGCACAGGCGCAAGCGCUCCUGAAACCCGCCGAUCUACAGCAGCAUCGUGCGGCCGCGGAGACGCCCGAGGAUCGUAAGCCGAUCGCCCUGCCGGACGAGAGGCUCGGCCAUCGCUCGGUCUCUCCACCUGAGAAAUUUCGCAGCCGCACGCCCGACCUCGAGAGCGACUCCAAGAGGCGGAAGGAGGAGAAGUUAGGACACGAGAGCGAUGCUGAGAAGAGCGACCAGGAUCUGGUCGUCGACGUGGCGAACGAGGAGGCGUCGUCGCCGCACGCGAACGGAGAGCACUCGGACCCACGUGAAAACGGCACCCUGGAGAAGCUGGGCGCACCGGGCCACGUUGGCGGACCGGUAUCCGGCGCGGGCUCGGCAUCCGUAAAGGACAGGCCGCCGUCGCGCAGCGGCAGCUCCUCCGCCCGUAGUACACCGUCUCUGAAAAGUAAAGAUGUCGACAAGCCGGGUACACCUGUGGCGGCGGCGAGGGGCUCGCGCAGUUGUACGCCAACUAUGGGCGGCAUCCCUGGGUCCUUGGCGCGGGUCUAUCAUCCGCCAUCGUCGCAGCAAACGCCACCGCAGGGUUAUCAGGGCUUGCCAUCCCGCGGCAAUGAGCCGCCGCAGUCGCCCUCGCCAUACAGCAACUUGCCAUACGCGCGGCCCUCCAUGAUCGGUUUCGACGGUCACAUGAGGAUACCCGCGAGUAACGGACUGAACAACAUCGCAGGUGGCAAGCCAGCGUAUUCCUACCAUAUGAACGGCGAGGGGCAACUACAGCCCGUACCAUUCCCCACGGACGCUUUGGUAGGACCGGGUAUCCCGCGUCACGCACGUCAGAUUAAUACCCUGACGCAUGGCGAGGUGGUCUGUGCCGUUACGAUUUCGAAUCCGACCAAGUACGUCUACACCGGCGGCAAAGGUUGCGUCAAGGUCUGGGACAUUGGCCAAAGUGUCGGCAGCGCCAGCGUGAAACCAGUUUCCCAGCUAGACUGUUUGCAACGUGACAAUUACAUUAGGUCCGUGAAACUUUUGCCUGAUGGAAGGACCUUGAUAGUCGGCGGAGAAGCCAGCCAACUGAGCAUCUGGGACCUAGCGAGUCCCACGCCUAGAAUUAAAGCGGAGUUGACUUCGUCGGCGCCCGCGUGUUACGCCCUCGCGAUCUCGCCAGACUCAAAGGUCUGCUUCAGCUGCUGCAGCGACGGCAAUAUCGCCGUGUGGGAUCUCCAGAAUCAGACGUUGGUCAGGCAGUUCCAGGGUCACACGGACGGUGCGUCCUGCAUCGACAUUUCCGCCGACGGAUCGAAACUGUGGACCGGUGGUCUCGACAAUACCGUACGCUCCUGGGACCUUCGUGAGGGGAGGCAGUUGCAGCAACACGAUUUCACCUCGCAGAUAUUCUCCCUCGGUUACUGUCCCACCGGUGAGUGGUUGGCCGUCGGGAUGGAGAACUCAAACGUCGAGGUACUCCACGCCACCAAGUCCGACAAGUAUCAACUGCAUCUGCAUGACUCUUGCGUGCUCUCGCUGCGUUUCGCCUCCUGCGGCAAAUGGUUCGUCUCGACCGGCAAAGAUAAUCUGCUGAACGCGUGGCGUACGCCCUACGGUGCUUCAAUAUUUCAGUCCAAGGAGUCGUCGUCGGUGCUGAGCUGUGACAUUUCCGCGGACGAUAAGUACAUUGUGACCGGAUCCGGCGACAAGAAGGCCACUGUAUACGAAGUGAUUUACUAAGUCUAUUCCUAAUAAAGAGACUUGCCUUUUCCUCUUUAAUAAACGUUAAAAUCAUAAACUUCGUUAUUGUGCAUUCUACCCUUUCGAGGAAGAAGGGCAUGAAGAGCUGCCGCAAUUGAGGAAACCCUCGGCGACGUUAGAGAGUUUGACUGAUAAAUGUGUACAUAUACGCAUACGCGAAUCUGUAUUGUAACAGAAUUACAAAUAGAGGACUGAAAAGUGUGUGUGUGUGUGUGUGUGUGUGUGUGUGUGUGCGCGCGCGCGCGUGCGUGCGCGCAUUUCUAUGAAUGAGCGGGAUCAGCGAUGUAUAUUAAUCUCGCACGUGCGCGUCCCGAUUUCGCGAAUGCGCGAGUCCCGAUUCUCCAAUUACGCAGUACGUAUGCGUAAUAUCCUAAACGCGGACGAGAUUCGUAUUUAUCGCGUGUAUACAACGAGCGUACGCGUUAACGAUGGAACGGGGUUCCAUCCAACUGGAACGAUUCGCGUACGCACUAAAGUAAACGAGAAGAGCCUUCGCAAACGGUGAUGUUAGAUAUACAGAGUGAUUCUUGAUUGCACGCUCCCUCUAUGGAAACGAUACUUCCCGGCAACAAGUUUAGAGUCCAAAACAAGAAAAAGAUGCGGAAUACGCGCAUAGGUUUUUUUAGCUUUUAAAGUUAAAGUUUUUUUCUCUUCCAAGUUAAUAAGUUAAAGUAUGUUUUAAACACUUUUCUCGCUGUGAUACACGUUAUGUUCUACAAUUCGAUGUUUUAUACUUAAUAUUUGUGCAUAUUACAGUUUUGAUAAAUAUCGUAGCAUAUACAUUGUUGUAGUAAAAGGAAUGGACAUUCCGAUGACACUAUCUUCAAUUCGUAUAUUUUCUUCUUAUUUUGGACUCUAGAUUUCUAAAAUAUUGACGAACAAUUAAGAUUCACUUUAUAUAUGUGAUCUUGUAGUUACAUAAACGUAGGCUUAUAACGCGCCUAAAAUGGACAGCCGAUAAAAUGGUGACAUCAAGAUUAGCCUGGUUUAAUCACUGAAAAAACCGCAUUACGCUUUUUAAUAAAUAGAUAUGUGAUCGUCGAGACAAAUUAUUUCGAAAUUUUGCAACUACUGUAUCUUCAAAGAAAUCGUGUUUUUUUUUCUCAUUUAUCUUCCUGAACAGUAAAGAUACAGUUUAAGAAUUAAAAAAGCAUAUUAAAAAAUGUAGAACGUUUUCAAUAUCGUCUUUGCGACAUGCGUGUUUUUUUUUUAAAGCUCGAUUGGCAGACUUUCAUUAUUCAGAUAUAUCUUAUUGACGUAAACUAAUAAUUCGUUAUGAAUAAUCACGCAGAUCAUUAGAUUCUUGAUUCGAUUAAUGAUUCGAUAAUCUCUCAUUUUGACGGAGAAAAAUUACGACGUAUCGAGUUAUAAUUUGCCUGCGGAACGAUAUGACACGUCGGACUUGGAGCCGUCUCCUCCGAUCUCGUCAGUGUCAAUAUCAAUGUCACGAUGCCUGACGCUGUUCGAAACAUCGACUCGUGGCAUAAACUAGUUUGUGCGCGAAUAUCUUUUUGCAUAAAUAUAACGCGACACCUACGUGUAAUAACCGAAUUUCUACGUGAUAUAGCGCGUCUGCGUGACGACGAAUGGCAAAUACAAAUCCCUGUACAGAAUCCUUGUACAUAUUCGACGAUUGUGAUUAACAAUUAUAACGAGACGUAUGGUGUAUGGCGCGCUACAGUGCACACGGCAUACACACGAACUCUUUAAAUAUACCUAUGUAAAGUACAAUCCCCCGUGCACAAUCGAAACAAAACUAUUUCUCUACUUUAAUUAGGUGACACUCGACACGCGUGCGGAGAUCAAUAGAAGCGAAUAACUUUUGUUGCAAUGUUUAAUAUUAGUUAAAUCGACAAAUUAUCCUCUCCUUUAAUAAAUUCAACAUUACGCAGAAUUAAACUCACGAUAUAUCUAUGUUAAAAAAAAAAGAUUAAUUUGAUGAUUGACACCGAUUGAUUGUUCCAUUUUAUUCGGAAGUUUUACCCAAGGUAUUUUUUAUCUGUCUUUAUUUAUUUAAGAAAAAAAAACGAUAAAGAUAGGCACAUGCUUAUCUAAUGGGUAAGUUUACUAAGAAGUUAGGACAAUUGGCCCUUAGUGCGACUGUACAAUAAAAUAAAAGCUAUUUCCCAAUCUGCUUUCGAUUGAUCUUCGCUCAGAAAUUAGCUGAAUAAAAACUCGCAACAAACAAAGCGAAUUGUAAUAAUGCAUUACUGAAAUGAGUAAAUUCAUUAAAUUAUACAAUCCUUCAUUAUGUUCUUGAACGUAUAUUAAAGCCGAAUGAAUUUUGGAAAGAAACAGAUGGUUAUACUUUAUUUGAAUUUAGUCGAUGAAAAUAGUUUUCGUGAUUCUCGUCUUACUGGUGAAUAUGACGAAAUGGCGAAGAAAAGAUUUAAUCGAUGCGUUAUAUGUAGAGAAAAGAUAUGUCAUGUAACUAGUGAUAACGUAACCGCAAAUUUUUUGAAGAAAUAAAUACGGAUCCAUUUUU